AUGGCUGAUCGCCAUCGGGUUCCUUAUCAGACUCCGCCAUCGAGCCCCUACAGAUCUCCAUAUAGAAGUCCUGAUAUUUCUCCGCCAAAAGAUGGUCCGCCAAGGCCUUCGCCGCCAGAUCCACGAGCCCAGAAAGUUCCAUCAUCUUCGGGUCCAAGGGUCUCUAUUACGAAGAAAGGAGAUCCACCGAAAGGGUCGCAGUAUGCGGUUAACCGUCCAGUGGAUAACCCCUCUUCUCAGCGUGCUGAUCCGAUGGGUGUGCAACAACCUUCUCCCCAGCGCACUGAACCAUUAAAUGUUCAUCCUCUUCAGUCCCUACCGCCUCAGACGUCGAUGCAGUCGAGACCUAGAGCUUCGCAAUCCAUUCCUUUGGUGAAGGAGUCUUCUUCAAAAUCUACAAUGCCCCUAGCGGACCCUCCGAGGAAUCCACCGGUUAAAAGGAAAUGCUCUGAUUUAAAUCUUCCAAAAGCGAAGAAGCCGUUGGUGAAUGAGCCCGGUGACUCUGAUGUUUUUCAGAUGAUACGAAACAUUUCGGUGGGGAAGAAGAAAGUCACUUUCAAGCAUGUGGAUCUCGAAGCGUUCAAGAAGAAGCAUGGCCUCGAAGCUUUUGAUGUUAAGUUCUUUGCGCAAGAUGAUGAUCUUACCUAUCAUAUGAUCGUGAAUUAUAAGUAUGAUGAAUUUCAUUUGCUGACUACUAUGGGAGCCUUCGAGGCGGGUUUGAUGCUACUCUUGUAUAGCUCGGUGAUUCUUUCUAUUAUGACGUUCUGGCCGAUUGCGAAGGUUCCACUCAUAAUACUCAUUGUCGUUCGGUGGUUCAGCUAA